GUGGCCGGUGAAGUAGGAGAAGCGAGCGGCAGUGAAACAGCUGGCCGAGUCAGUAUCGUGUCGACAGGUCGGCGGAGUGGUUGGUUUUCUUGCCGUGCGCUGGAUCUAAUGUUUGGAUGAUGCGCUAAAUCGAAGUCAACGAGCUUUCUUGUAUGUUCGAAGUACCACAGGGCUCGAAGUCAAGCAUCACUCUGGCCGAAUUCUGGAAAAGACUCCGACGAAUCUUUUCGUUGACAUUUGCGGUGGUAUACCAACAUUACUUUCCGAUGUCGGACAUAAUGAAUGGCGUUGAGUCUGCUGUCUCUGGAUCACCAUUAGCGGGAGUCGAGUAUAAUCACCAGCUUCUACCUCCGGAUAUAAAGAGCCAAACUGCAGUUAAUGGAGACCUCCACGGCGGGUCAAAAAAGAUUUCAGUCCAUCCCACAGACAGCAGGGCAACACAGGUGUCUUUUCACGGUUCCAACACGACAUCACUCAGCGAUAGUUUCAUUGUCGGUGGAUCACAGCGACACAACACGGACCAAUCUGCUCUCAGACCCUUAAGGUCGAGACCUACGUCAUUUCCAGAAUCACUGAUAUCCUGCAGGCUUCCUCCAAACGUACUCCAGGAAGAAUCAUCUAUUUCACGUCGCAGCCAAGUGGAUCUCUUAAAUUCGCAGCCAUCGGUGCCGAGAUCUUCCUGCGAAAUUCCUCUGAGCCGAGCCCCAACACCAAGCCACUCAGAAUCGUAUUACAAUCCCCACCGGCCCCUUCCUCAUGUUCUGUACAAAAGUAUGUCCAGCAAUAACAUCCUGCCGCCUCCUGCUCCCCUGUACUUUAGCAGAGGAACUCCGCAACAGAUGAGGCCGUGGAGAUAUCCAAGUAGCAGUACGACACGGCCAGUGGGACUACCUUACAGCAUCUCGCAACAAUCACUCAGCUGCCGUGCUGGCUGUCACUGUCAGUGUGACUGCAGUCGAAAACAGAGCGGCGAGGGCUCAAGUCUGGACGAAGAAGGUGCUAUGACGUCAGAAGGUCUGUCAUGGCGUCGGUUGCAUAUGAGCAGGGCCAAGCUGAAAGCCACCGCUACGACUUCGGAACUUCUGUCUGGAUUUGCUAUGGUGGCGAUGGUGGAGCUCCAAAUCAACGAGCCAACCAACGUUCCCGAGUGGCUGUUCGUCAUGUUUUCUGUGUGCACCACGGUUCUUGUGGCGGUCCACAUAUUCGCGUUGAUGAUCAGUACAUACCUGCUGCCAAACAUCGACGCAAUCAGUAAACUGCAGGUCCACGAACUGGUCAGCCAGUCACCUCACGAAAGAAUGCGUGGUUUUAUAGAACUGGCAUGGGCAUUUUCAACUGUGCUAGGACUAUUCCUUUUCUUGGUAGAAGUGGCCAUCUUGUGUUGGGUGAAGUUCUGGGAUUACUCCUUUACAGCAGCUUGGGCGGCGACGAUCAUUGUGAUCCCUGUGUUGAUAGUGUUUGUUGCUUUUGCUGUUCAUUUCUAUCACAAUUUGGUAGUGUAUAAGUGUGAAUCUACGGUGACAGAUCUGCAGCAGCUGGAGGACAUGAAGAAACACCUGGACACUGCAGGCGGAAGUCCUGUCUGAUCCAGUGUGAGCACCAACCCAGAAAGUGAUCUGGUACCUGAUAAUCAGAUAGAUGACACUUAUGAAAAUUAUGCGCUAUAUAAUAUAUAAUGUGAGUUAAAUUAAAGCAACCGGCAUAAUAAUUAGUAAUAUUUUGAAUGUAGUACAUUUCCACGUUAACGCUUGGUUCUUAAACUUUACAAGUUGUAAUUAUAUAAAGCAUUCCACAGAAUAAACAUAAAAAUUAUGAACACAUAAAAUAUGACAGAACAAACUCAUAAGCUGGAAAGACAAUUUGUUGUUAACAGAACUCACUUCCUUAAUUCUCAGUUGAAUAACCU